UCGCACAUGCGUAGAAUAAGCCAGGUUUCCGGUUCGGCUCAGUUGCUGGUAGUUCCUCCAGUCUAGGUCGGUGAGGAGUGGAGACAGCCAGGGACCGAGCUGAAAUGUCGGACAGCGGGAGUCAGGAAGCCCCGAAGACACGGAUACCCAGGCCGACGGUUGGCAACAAAGUGACCGUGGUACUCGGCGCUCAGUGGGGCGAUGAGGGGAAGGGGAAAGUUGUGGAUCUGCUGGCACAGGACGCGGACAUGGUGUGCAGAUGCCAGGGCGGCAACAACGCAGGACACACAGUGGUGGUCGACUCAGUCGAGUACGACUUUCACCUCCUACCCAGCGGCAUCAUCAACCCCAAGGUCACCGCUUUCAUUGGCAAUGGUGUGGUGAUCCAUCUUCCAGGCCUGUUCGAAGAAGCAGAAAAAAAUGAACGCAAAGGAAAAAGUCUAAAAGGCUGGGAGAAACGGUUGAUCAUCUCGGACAGAGCACACAUUGUGUUUGACUUCCACCAAGCAGUUGAUGGCGUUCAGGAACAGCAGAGACAAGAGCAAGCAGGCCAGAACCUCGGGACGACAAAGAAGGGGAUUGGUCCGGUGUACUCGGCUAAGGCGGCACGCUCCGGGCUCAGGAUAUGUGACUUGCUGGCAGACUUCACACAGUUCUCUGAAAGGUAUAAAGCUUUGGCCCAGCAGUACCAGUCUAUGUACCCCACUCUAAAGAUCGACAUAGACGGAGAGCUGCUCAAGUUAAAGGACUUUGUUGAGCAGAUCAAGCCCAUGGUAAGAGAUGGUGUGCACUACAUGUACGAGGCACUUCAUGGUCCUCCUAAGAAAAUCCUGGUGGAAGGAGCCAAUGCAGCGCUGCUGGACAUCGACUUUGGAACGUACCCGUUUGUGACGUCGUCCAACUGCACGGUGGGCGGGGUGUGCACGGGCCUCGGGAUGCCGCCUCAGAACGUCGGCGAGGUUUAUGGGGUCGUCAAGGCGUACACCACAAGAGUGGGCAUCGGUGCUUUCCCCUCAGAGCAGAAGAAUGAGAUCGGAGACCUGCUGCAGACUCGAGGGAAGGAGGUCGGCGUGACCACAGGCAGAAAACGACGGUGCGGUUGGCUGGAUCUGGUGCUCAUCAAAUAUGCACAUAUGAUUAAUGGCUUCACUGCUUUAGCUCUCACCAAACUCGACAUACUUGACGUUUUCACCGAGAUCAAAGUGGGCAUAGGGUACAAAGUCGACAACCAAACUAUACCUCACUUUCCAGCCAAUCAGGAGGUGCUGCAGCGUGUGGAGGUUCAGUACGAGACCCUGCCCGGCUGGGACAGCGACACUUCGGCCGCUAGAAGCUUCGAGGAGCUGCCCGAGAACGCACAGAAAUACGUUCGCUUCAUUGAGGAGCAUGUGGGAGUGCCUGUCAAAUGGAUCGGAGUAGGGAAGUCCCGGGAGUCCAUGAUCCAGCUCUUCUAGACAAAUGGAAAGAAACACAGCCUACCUACCUGUUUUAAACCUCCAAACAAAGACGCCACCGUCAUCAGACUGUGCCGGACUGGACUUCUCCAGUCUGUUUGGAUUUUUAACAGUUUUAAACUUUAUUAAAACAGCAUCACAAGGCGCUCUGCUAACAUUGCAGCGUUUUGUUUCAUAUACAACACACUGGGCAACGCCAGCUGCCAUCAGGUGAGGGCGUGAAGGAACGGCCACGAGACACGCAGGCACCGGAUCGCUCGUUUGGUUGAACACAUUGUUUGACUGUAUUUUGGUUGAUCUAUGCUGUGAUUUUAACGCGCUGUGUUUUCCCCCUCAGCACUUUAGAUGCUUUGGACUGUAUGUGCUUUAUGUUUUAUUCUUCCAGGUGUACGGCGCAUCCUCACACGAUAAAGGGAUCGGUUUAUAUUUUAAAUGUGUCUUUCUGUGUUCUCAGUGUUAAAACUUGCCUUGUCAUUCAACUCCAAAAAAACAAAAACAAAAAAAAACUAGCUUUUAAAUUUUUUCCGUAGCUAGCGGUUGCUUCCACUGAUCGCUGUGGGAACGCUCGAGUUUUAAGGAUUAAUCUCAGCAGGUGAGCUCUCCUCUAACCACUAACAGGCACAGAAAUGUUAAUGUAACUUAGAUUUUCGAAGUAAACAAAUCAAAUUAGUCUGUCAGCACUUUUCCACGCCUCACAUUCUUGUGAUUAAUGUUGUUUUGUCUUUGCACUGUCAGCACAUUGUUCUGGUAACAUGGGAUGAAGGCAAUGAUUCGAUGUAUGCUGGUUUUUUUUUUUUUUUUGCCCAGUUUUCUGCAAGACUGUAAUUCCACAGUCUUGAUUUAGAGUACUGCAUUGAAUCCCCACCUUAGUGGAUGACGACAUUGUUUGCAUUUACAGUUCUGUGCAAUGAAGACAUUUUGUGUGUUGGAUCAAAAGGUGAUCAUGAGAAGAGACACAAAAAAGUUUCAGCUUUUAUUCAGUAUACAUUAAAUAAACUUUAGAUUUCCUGUUUCUUCACUGGUCAUGCCUUUACAGGAUUUUACUGCACCAUCAUGUAGUUGUCAGAUUUGUUGGGGUUUUUAAGUGCAUGGUCAUUAUGUAUCCUGCUGAAGUCCUUUGUUGAGGUGGUGGUGUGCUUUGGAUUAUUAUCUUGCCACAUAAUAAAGAUCCUCCUGAUUAUUUUGGAUGAA